CAAAACAGUUGCAUUGUCAUACUAUAGUGUAUUCUGAGUUUAUCUAGACAUAACAAGAGUAGUGUAACUGUAUAGUGUGGAUAUUGUAUCGGUAGCUAGCAGACGUAUGUAAUUAUUGUGAUUUAUAACAGUUCUCCAUUUUUUGUUACAUGCACAUAAGUGUCACUGGUAACGCCACUUGCACGUCAGACCUAAACUAACAGCAUUUAAUGCUGAGUUGGCAGUCUUGACGACGACAACUCUGUAACUGUACUAUAUAUUGUAUGGUACCGUGAAUUUAAAGUGGAGUUCAGUAAUGAAUGUACUUAAGCCAUAUACUUAAAUAUUGUUACUUAAUGAGCCAUGAGCGGCCAAAAAUUUCAAUAUGACGAAAGUGGCGGGACGUUUUUCUACUUUUUACUAUCUUUCUUGGCACUUCUUUUAAUACCUGGGACAUACUAUCUUUGGCCACGUUGCCCAAAACAAGAUCCUGAUCAAGAGGCAAAAGAAUGUCAAUGUGAUGGAUGCAAAAAGAAGAAAAUUAUUCUACGACUUAAUGAACCUUGGAAAGAAACCAAAGCAUUAUUUACGAAAUUUCUUAUUAUCCUUGGAUGGGUAUUUCUAAUUUUUUUGGCAUAUAAAGUAUCACAAUUUGACUAUGAAAUGGCUAAUUUUGAUCCAUUUGAAAUACUUGGAGUUUCUUCUGGCUCAUCUCAAAGUGAUAUUAAAAAAGCAUACCGUAAACUAUCUUUAAUUCUUCAUCCUGAUAAGGAAACUGGAAAUGAAAAAGCUUUUAUGAAGUUAACUAAAGCUUAUCAAGCUUUAACGGAUGAGGAAGCAUGGAAAAACUGGGAAAAGUAUGGAAAUCCAGAUGGUCCAGGAGCAAUGAGUUUUGGAAUUGCUUUACCCUCCUGGAUAGUUGAAAAAGAAAAUUCAGUAUGGGUUUUGGGAUUGUAUUCACUAGUGUUCAUGUUUGUUUUACCAAAUGCUGUUGGAAUAUGGUGGUAUAAGAGUAUUCGUUACACUGGUGAUCAAGUACUUUUAGCAACCACUCAAAUAUAUUACGUCUUUUUUAUUAGAUGUCCUUCAAUGUCACUAAAAAGAGUUAUAAUGAUUCUUUCUGCUUCUUUUGAAUUUAAUAAAAAACGAAAUGCUGAAAUAGUUGAAAGAUACACAGACAACGAAGAAGUUUAUUCGCUUAUUAAGCAGCUACCAGAUGUAGGAGCAAAAAAUAAAGAAACACCAUUAUGUGACUCUUAUUCGAUUAAAGCUCGAGCUUUAAUUCAUGCACAUUUAUCUCGGAUACUACUGAAUCCAGAAACGUUAGAAAAAGAUAGGCAAUAUAUAGUAAAAAAAUGUCCAUAUUUGAUUCAAGAAAUGGUAACUUGUGUUAAUCGAGUAAUUUUAUUAGCUUAUGCUAGAAGAGUUCCACGUUUACCAACUAUAAAAACAGUAGAAAAUUGUAUGAAGUUAUGUUCAAUGGUAGUACAAGGCCUUUGGGAAAUUAAAAAUCCUCUUUUACAGUUACCACAUAUAACUGAAGAUAAUUUAAAGUGUUUUCUACCAAAAAAGCAUCAAAUCAAAAGUCUUCAACAAUUUGCACAAUUGAAAGGAGAAGAAAGAAGACUGAUUCUUAGACAUUUAUCAGACAGUCAAUAUGAGGAUGUAAUGAAAGUUCUUGGAAGUAUGCCAUACAUAGAAUUUAAAGUACGAUCUGAAGUAAUUGAUGAUGAAAAUCCAACUGUUUAUACUGCUGGUGCUAUUGUAACUGUAACAGUAUCAUUAACUCGCAAAGAUAUGAAAAAUUUAUUUGGAGAUGAUUCUGUCAAAGAACAAAUGAUGAUUGAUGACAGUAAAAUAGGCACUGAAGCUCCCGAGGAAGUAGUAGAAGAACAAAACCAAUCUGUAAAAAAGCCAGCGUGGCUGAGACAAAAGAAGGGUCAAAAGAAAUCCCAUAAAAAAGGCACUAGUAAAAAAUUUACUGCUGUGAAAAAUACUCAAAAAGCACAAUCUCAGUCUGGCAAUAAUGCUCAACAAACAAAUAUGCCUAAUGCAAAAAAGAAAGAAAAUAAAAUAGAAAAAGAGUCUUCCAAAGAUAAAUUAUCUGAUGUCAGUGAUAGUGAUGUUGAUAGUGACAGAAGUGAUGAUGAAGACAGCCAUGAGAAAAAAGAUGUGUCUAUUGAUGAUGAUGAUACAGAAUGGGAAAGGUUUCAGCAAAGAAUUUCAAAAAGAGAAAAAAGUCAAACUUUACUAACAACUCCUAUUUAUGUUACAUCGUUAGCGCACUUUGAAGAAGUACAGUUAAAAUUUACAGCACCUCGAUGGCCAGGUGUUUAUACAUUUACUGUAUGUUUACGUAGCGAUUCUUAUCUGGGCUUUGAUCAAGCUCAAGAUAUUAAGUUGGAUGUGAAAGAAGCACCUGAAAUACCCACAGAACAUCCUCAGUGGGAUAUUUCAGAUGAAGAAACUGCAGAGGAUAUAGAUGCAGCUGACGAACAUUCCGAGUUCACAACUGAUGAAGAUAUCAGUGACAAUGAAUAA